AGUCCCGCCUGUCGGAAGUCCUGCCCGCCCAUCGGUCCCGUCCCGCGUGUCCGGCAGUCAGCAUGGCGCACUACAACUUCAAGAAAAUCACUGUGGUCCCGUCUGCCAAGGACUUUAUUGACCUGACAUUAUCGAAGACUCAACGCAAGACUCCAACGGUUAUUCAUAAACAUUAUCAAAUUCAUCGCAUUAGACAUUUUUACAUGAGGAAAGUCAAAUUUACUCAGCAGAAUUACCAUGACAGACUCUCUCAGAUUCUAACGGAUUUCCCCAAAUUGGAUGAUAUCCAUCCGUUUUAUGCUGAUUUGAUGAACAUUCUUUAUGACAAGGAUCAUUACAAGCUGGCCCUAGGACAAAUAAAUAUUGCCAAAAACCUGGUGGACAAUGUUGCUAAAGAUUAUGUGCGGCUUAUGAAAUACGGUGAUUCUCUCUAUCGCUGCAAGCAGCUGAAGCGUGCUGCCCUUGGGCGAAUGUGUACUGUUAUCAAAAGGCAGAGGCAGAGUUUGGAGUAUUUGGAACAAGUGCGUCAGCAUUUGUCCCGUCUGCCAACCAUUGAUCCAAACACGAGGACCCUGCUGUUGUGUGGGUACCCAAAUGUUGGCAAGUCCAGCUUCAUCAAUAAGGUGACAAGGGCAGAUGUGGAUGUGCAGCCCUACGCGUUCACCACCAAGUCUCUGUUCGUGGGGCACAUGGAUUACAAGUAUCUGCGUUGGCAGGAAUUGUACACUUCCCCCAGUGCCUUGCUGGUUUUGUCGAUCAUGUGGGAGACCAGUAUUUCAUUGGUCGUAGACACUCCAGGGAUUUUGGACCAUCCUCUGGAGGAUCGGAACACCAUCGAAAUGCAGGCCAUCACGGCCCUGGCCCACCUGCGUGCUGCGGUCCUCUACGUGAUGGACGUGUCUGAGCAGUGCGGGCAUGGCUUGAGGGAGCAGCUGGAGCUCUUUCAGAACAUCCAACCCCUCUUCAUCAACAAGCCUCUUAUAGUCGUAGCAAACAAAUGUGACGUGAGGAGAAUAGCUGAGCUUUCUGAAGAUGACCAGAAAAUAUUUGCAAAUUUGCAGGCAGAAGGAUUUCCUGUGGUGGAGACCAGCACCCUGACGGAAGAGGGAGUCACCCAAGUGAAAACAGAGGCCUGUGACAGGCUUUUGGCUCAUCGGGUUGAAACCAAAAUGAAAGGAAACAAAGUGAAUGAGGUGCUGAACAGGUUGCACUUAGCUGUCCCAAACAAGAGGGAUGACAAGGAGAGGCCCCCUUUCAUCCCAGAAGGAGUUGUGGCACGCAGGAAGAGAAUGGAAACUGGGGAGCAUGAGAGGAAGAGGGAACGAGACCUUGAACUGGAGCUGGGAGAUGACUACAUUUUGGAUCUUCAGAAAUACUGGGAUAUAAUGAAUUCAUCUGAAAAAUGUGAUAAGAUACCUGAGAUCUGGCAGGGCCAUAAUAUAGCUGAUUACAUUGAUCCUGACAUCAUGCAGAAACUAGAAGAGUUAGAAAAAGAAGAGGAGCUAAGAACAGCUGCUGGGGAGUAUGACAGUGAGUCUGAAAGUGAGGAUGAAGAAAUGGUGGAAAUCCGACAGCUGGCAAAACAAAUUAGAGAAAAGAAGAAGCUGAAGAUUCUGCAAUCCAAAGAGAAGAAUACACAGGGACCCAGAAUGCCUCGGACGGCUAAGAAGGUUCAGCGGAAAGUGUUGGAGAAUGAGAUGCGCACUCUUGGAGUUGACAUGGAUGAUAAGGACAGUGCGCAUUAUGCAGUCCAGGCCAGAAGGUCUCGGAGUGUGACCAGGAAAAGGAAGCGGGAAGACUCAGUCCCACCCAGUUCAGCAGCCCGGAGCCACAGCUGCUCUCGAGUGCCACGUGACAUCUCAGGGCUCCGGGAUGGCAAGAUGGUGAAGAAAGCCAAGACGAUGAUGAAGAGUGCACAGAAGAAGAUGAAUCGCUUGGGGAAGAGGGGGGAGGCAGACAGGCAUGUGUUUGAUAUGAAGCCAAAGCACCUGCUCUCUGGAAAGAGGAAAGCUGGAAAAAAGGACAGGAGAUAAGUGUCCAUUGCAACCUAAACUGUUUCUUGUUUGGGUCUGGUAUGGUUUCACAAAAGUGAGGCUUGAUCUAUGAACUGCAAAUAAUGAAAUAGCUAAAGUUUGUAACUAUAUAACUAUACAAGUGUGGCAAAUUCUUACCACUGUACAUACUACAUGUUUUGGUUAGACAGUGGUUUCUGCAUUAAUGGAGUUUUGAUUGCUUUAGAUUUGCAGAAGUGGAGAUUUAUUGAUUUGACUGUUUUUGAUGGGGAAGAUCUUACUCUCUUCUGAUCUGUGGUUCAGUGUACCUGAACAGUCUUUUUUUGCAGAGAAAACAUAUCCACUUACCAUGGCCUGAAGGCUACCAGCUCUGCCCUGCAGACAUAAGUACACAUGAGUUAUGGGGUAUUGAAGCUCCAGCCUAAAUUAUUUUCUAGUCUUUGUCUACAAUGUAUGAACCACUGUAGUCUGUCUGCAAUUAUUUUAUCCAAAAUAAAUUUCCAAAAUAAAGUAUAUUCACUUUU